CAGUAUUCCCACUGUCCUGUGUGGUGCAGCAGUAUGCCUGGGGGAAGAUGGGUUCUAACAGUGAAGUGGCUCGGCUGCUGGCCAGCAGUGACCCACUGGCUCGGAUCUCAGAGGACAAGCCAUAUGCAGAGCAGAGAAAAAGCCAAAGCACAGGAAGACUUUAGCCUCUGCUUCUGAGACUGCAAUAAAUGAAUUUACUUAAACCCCUCACAGAGCCAUUUGAGAGUCAGAGCUUUUCACUGACCUUGACAGUGCAAGUGUCGUUCACCUCACUGGACAGAUGAGGAAACUGAGACCCAGAGACUGGGCAUAACUACCCCAAGCCUCCACAGCUGGUUGGAGCCAGAGCCUGGACUAGAGUGUUGGUCUCCUGACCCCUGAUGUUCUGGGGUCUGCUGCCCCCAUGUGUGUCUGUGAUGGAAUUUAUACCCAGUCCUGGGAGGCCCAUCUCAGGAAUCAGCUGCCCUAUGGGGAGCACAGGGUAAUGAAUUGGGUCACCAGCUGUUGGUGCCAGAUUCUUCCUUUUUCCCUCCCAAGUUUCCUGUUUUUACAGCUGUGGAUGGGGACUCACCCUCGAGGAGAUGCCAAGAUUCUUGACAACCGCAUCUCACAGAAGACCCUAGGCCAGUGGAUUGCUGAGAACCAGGACUGCUUGGGCUCAAAGGUCAAGGAUACCUUUAAUGGCAAGCUGCCCUUCCUCUUCAAAGUGCUCUCGGUUGAAACGGCCCUGUCCAUCCAGGCACACCCUAAUAAGGAGCUGGCAGAGAAGCUGCACCUCCAGGCUCCACAGCACUACCCUGAUGCCAACCAUAAGCCAGAGAUCGCCAUUGCCCUCACCUCCUUCCAGGGCUUAUGUGGCUUCCGGCCAGUUGAGGAGAUUGUCACCUUUCUGACAAAGGUGCCUGAGUUCCAGUUUCUAAUUGGAGAUGAUGCAGCCACACAGCUGAAGCAGAGCAUGAGCUGCGACUCCCAGGCUGUGGCCUCUGCCCUGCAGAGCUGUUUCUCCCACCUGAUGAAAAGCGAGAAGAAGGUAGUGGUGGAGCAGCUCAACCUGUUGGUGAAGCGGAUCUCCCAGCAAGUGGCUGCUGGAAACAACAUGGAGGACAUCUGUGGGGAGCUCUUGCUGCAGCUGCACCAGCAGUACCCAGGUGAUAUCGGAUGCUUUGCCAUCUACUUCCUGAACCUGCUUACCCUGAAGCCGGGGGAGGCCAUGUUUCUGGAGGCCAACGUGCCCCAUGCCUACCUGAAAGGAGACUGUGUGGAGUGCAUGGCAUGUUCAGACAACACAGUGCGUGCUGGCCUGACACCCAAGUUCAUCGAUGUGCCAACUCUGUGUGAAAUGCUCAGCUAUACCCCCAGCCCCAGCCAGGACAGGCUCUUUCCUCCAGCCCGGAGCCAGGAAGACCCCUACCUCUUUAUCUAUGAUCCCCCUGUGCCAGACUUCACUGUUAUGAAGAUGGAGGUUCCUGGCUUCGUCACUGAAUACAAGGUCUUGGCCCUGGACUCCGCCAGCAUUCUCCUGAUGGUGCAAGGGACAGUGACAGCCAGCACCCCCACAGCCCAGGCAGCAAUCCCCCUGCAGCGUGGUGGGGUGCUCUUCAUUGGAGCCAACGAAUGUGUCUCACUGAAGCUCGCUGUGCCUAAGGACUUGCUGAUGUUCCGUGCCUGCUGUCUGCUGUAGAGGCCACAGCCUUCCUGGCUCUCCUCUGCCAGUCACCCUAAUCCUGGCCAGCCUCUCAUCCUCAAGCCCAGCCCGAACCCCUUCCCUGCUCUGGGCUCUUUAGGUAUACCCUGAAAGAGCUGGGGUAGAGCAGUACACUUGAAGAGGCAGUGACUCCUGAGCAGGCCUGGGCUGAACCAUCUUCCUCCUGGUAGGAGGGGCCCACGGAGGACUAAGGCUGAUACUCCCCUUGUAUCCCCCCGGAACUUGGACCAGUCUCUUCUCAGCAUGGGAAGCAGCAGCUCUGUGCCGGCCUCGGCAGUAGGCAGGCUGAUGAAAUCUAUGAUUAGUUCAGCAUCAGUCACAGCAAGAAGGUAGGUAAUCAUUUGUGAGAACAGGGUUCUGGCCCUGGGACUGCCCGUUUCCUCAGCUGCAGAGGGAAAAGGGGAGGCCUGUGGACUAACACUGCUCUCACUCUGGCUGUGUCAAAGCAAUUAAAGAUCACUUGUGUUGAAGCCUGUGGGCUAAACAGCACUCAGCCUUUGCCAUUCCAGUCUCUGAAGUGGGCCGAAAGAGCCCUCCCUGGAUGCUGCCCAGGUUUUGCUUUAUUCCUGUCAGGCAGCUCCCUGGGGUAGGCAGGCUAGACUCGGAGACCUUUUAUAGGAAGGCGUGGGAGAGGUGGCCCUCUGAGCCUCAGCUGCAGGGCUUGCAGGCACGCUGGGGGCCCUCUGGCCCAGCAGCCAGUGGAGAAGGCACUGUCAGUGCAAGAUCCUUCUCUCCAGCGUUUCAGUUGAACUUAGGGCACGGAUCAGCAGGCUAAGGCCAGCAGGCUGGACCUGGCCACGUCCAUUCAUUUACAUGCCGUCCGGCUGCUCUCAGGCUGCAAUGGCAAAGUGAGUAGGUGUGCCAGGCGGUGUGCCCUGCAAAGCCAAAUGUGCUGACUGGCUCUUCACAGAGAAAGUUUGUCAGCCACUUCUCCAGAGCACAUUCAGUCACUGGAUAGAGGGACCCAGGGACAGGACAGUCCAGUUAGUGCUGAGAGGAGAAACACAGCUACUUUUUUCCUACCCUGGCGGGAACUACCUGGAAAACCAUCCACUCUCCCCGGGCCUCCCCUCCAGGUCACACCUCUGCAGGAGGCUGCACAGCUGUCUGUUGUGCCACUGAAGUUUCUGACCAGCAGUCUUAGGUCCUGUCCCCCAGAGUAAGCAGAGACCCAGGUUGGUGGCUUCUUCCUGUGGGGUAGGGGAUUAAACUCACACAAAAGGAUCUUUGGGGGCGGCUGCCCACACUAGAACUGUACAGAUGGAAUUCUAGGAAAUUACCUUCCAGUUAGCCAGUCUGUUCUGGGUUUUAUUUUUUUGGCCUCCAUUGAAUUUUUUUCAGCUUAAAAAAAAAAAUAACAACAAACCUGGAAUAAAGAGUCUGCCAAAGGGAA